CAGCCAUUUUGUGUGCGCCCAAGAUCUGCUGAAUAAGAACGUAUUUAAAGUCAGUAGGCUACACAGUCAAAUACAGUUCUUGGUUUAACAAAUCGUAUUCAAUCUGAUUAAAAUGUGUUAGUAAAGAAAGUGGAUUCGGGAGAUCAGUAUAAUAAAUUGGCAGUACUGAUUACAUACCUCUAAACAUAAAAUCAUCAAAAUCGACCAGAAGCCAUGAACAUCACAGACUCAGAAGAUGGGGUACGAGAGAUGACGCGUCUCUACUUCGGCUGGAUGGACUUCACCAUCUUUGGAUUAAUGCUUGGAUUUUCGGCCCUUAUUGGGGUUUACUUUGGAUUUUGUGACAAGAAACAAGAAAGCCGUGUAGAUUAUCUAUUCGGGGGGAAAACCAUGAAAACGCUACCAGUGGCCGUGUCUCUUGUAGCAAGCCAUUUUUCAGGAAUCACACUGAUGGGUGUUCCAGCUGAAGUGUACUACCACGGAACACUUUAUUGGCUGGUCAAUGUGUCUUCCAUUAUUGUCGCUGUCAUUAUUAACUACAUCUAUCUCCCCGUCUUCUACAAUCUCCAAUUAACGUCAUCGUACGAAUACCUUCAGUUACGUUUCAACAGAAGUGUCCGUGUAAUGGCAUCUGUCCUUUUCACUGUCUCAAUGUUACUUUACGUUCCACUAGUUAUCUACGUACCUGCUUUGGCCUUCAGUUACGUUAGCGGCCUGAGUAUUCAUAUGAUCACCCCACUGGUGUCCAUUAUUUGUAUAUUCUACACAAUGCUGGGUGGUUUGAAAGCUGUGAUUUGGAUCGACUUCCUACAGUCAUCUGUCAUUAUAAUCUCAAGCAUAGCUAUCAUUAUCAUAGGGGUGAUCAAGGUUGGUGGUCUCGGAACUGUAUGGCAAAGGAGUUCGGAGGGUGGAAGGAUACUGAUAUUUGAAAUGGAUCCGAGCCCUUUCGUAAGAGCCACGUUUUGGAACGUCAUAAUCGGCAACAUAUUUUCGUGGCUGAACUACUGUGCAGUGAACCAGGGAAUGAUCCAAAAGUUCCUUGCGCUCCCAAGUAUCACAGAAGCAAAAAAGUCACUAAUUUUUUUUUCAGUUGGAAUAUUUAUAAUUAAAACUAUCAGCUGUUACACGGGUCUCAUCAUAUAUGCCACUUAUCAGAAUUGCGAUCCUCUGAAAGCUAAGGCGAUACAAGGGCAGGAUCAACUUGUGCCAUAUUACAUAAUGGACACUGCUGCCAUCAUACCUUGCCUCCCAGGUCUAUUUGUGGCGGGUGUCUUCAGCGCAGCCCUGAGUUCCAUGUCCAGCGCCCUCAAUUCUCUGGCAGGUACAAUGUACGAAGAUUUCAUUCGUCCCUGCAUGAAAUAUAAAGUAACGGAGAAAUGCGCCAGCUACAUCCUAAGAUUUGUCGUCGUCAUUAUUGGUGCCAUUUGCGUACUCAUGGUGUUCGUGGUGGAGAAGCUCGGCGGCAUUCUACAGCUGGCCUACACUACAGGGGGAGUAACAUCAGGAGCAUUUUUGGGGCUGUUCUCUCUUGGCAUCUUCUUCCCAAGAGCGAACUCUAAAGGAGCACUGACAGGAGCAAUUGUUAGUAUGCUGAUACUCGCCUGGAUCGCUGUCGGCGCCCAGAAAGCACUUGCUACUGGCACUAUGACGCAUAAGAAACUCCCUACGUCUGUUGAGGGCUGUUCAGCCGCCAACAAUACAACACUCAUAACAACCAAUCCCGUAGAAUCUCCACUAGAAGAAGCUUUCGUCCUGUUUCGCAUUUCAUUCAUGUACUACACGAUGCUUGGAUCGUUCAUACUGAUUGUAGUCGGAAUGAUCGUGAGUCUACUGACGGAGCCGACUAAUCCAGAAGAUUUGAACCCAAACCUAUUCGCUCCGUUUCUACGGAAAUACGUCACGAAACUGAAAGAAGAAGGAUGUAAGAAGACCCGUAAUGAGAGAGAGUUGCUCAACAUGCCAUCCGAGAAAAGAAGUUAAUUGACAGAAUUUUGACUCAGACGUUUCGUAAAAUACCUCAUAGUUUACGACGAGGCUAGGCUAUAAAUCAAUCAUCAUACAAUUUAGGGGUCAGAAUCUGUUUACAAUUACCACUAGACUAAAUUUAAUAAUACGUUAAAAAUGCAUGAAUAAUCUCCUCGCCAUGUUUGUAAUUAUAAAUACGCAAUAAAUAUUUCAUACAAAAUAUUAGGGUAUAUUAAUGAUCUAUUUCAGUGUAGUCUACCUGGAGUCUAGCGGCCCUAGAACAUUGCGACCAGAUAAGCAAAAUUAUUUGUUGAUUUUUAAUAGUUACUAGAAGCUAAUUUAUUUUCUUAACUUCGAAUUAGGUUAUCUUGUCUUCUGCUUUAACUAGGAAAUGGCAGUGACUUUAAAACUCUGUCGUAAAAUGUAUUUUGGGGGAAGUUUAUGCCACAUACAAGUUAUAGCAUGAGAAAAUUAAGAAUUAAAUUAAAUAUAUUUAAAUUUUGCUUAUUUCAGUAAGGUUUAUAUUUGAGCAAAUAUAAUGAUAAUGUAUUGCUUCAAAAUAAGAAAUGUUGGAGACCGUGAAAAUUUGAUAUUGGUUUUAAAAAGUAAGGUGGGGUUUCUUGGCCUUAGAGUCCAAAGAGUAAUUUAUUCUUGGUCCGAGGGGAAAUAAGUUAAAUAAUACUGAUCUGCUACAUUAGGAAGUUGCACAUUUAUUAAUUAGUUGCCGCCGUCAAACUAUCUGCUACUCACCCACAUUGUUGUUUCACAUCAUGCAAAAAAACAAUCCGAAACACAAACUGCGUAUUUACCGAAGAAGUAGUGUCACUGGUUAUGACAUCUGGAGUUUAUUUAAUGACGCUAUGUUAACUCUGAAAUGAGAUGUUUCAAUGUUAUAAACGGUAAAUCGGAGUGGAUAAAGGAGGAAGUGCCUGGUACUACCUUAAUUGAUUCAUCAAAAAAAAUUGUUAAAAUAUCAAAAACUCCACAACGGAUAAUUUUUUAUUUCUUGGUGUGAAGUUUAACGUUGCACUUUUCGAGUACUAGUUAAUAUACAACACGAAAACAAAAAAAACAAAAAUAAGCGGGCUUCAAGCAGGCAAAGUCACGUACUUUGCUAUUCUGUAAAUAAAAAACAAAACCCUUACGAAACAGAAUUGUGUGUUUUAAGCUGCAAACAUGCAGUGAACGUGUGAACUUCAGCUUCUCAUUGUGUACGUGCUAGGAGUAUAUAAAGAGCAGCAUGUGUGUGCUGUGUGGGUCUGACACUACGUCUCCAGGCGAUACAUCUGUAGUUACAGCCUUGUUCCCAUGGGGUCCUGACACUCUGGAAUUUUCUGUUUACAGACGGCAAGCGCACUGUGUAAACUACGUCCCAGAAGUUAGUGAGGUCAGGUUUCCUUCGUUGAACUUCUCUGUAGUAUUUAUCGAUACAACGCAAACUUUAGUCACUUCAUGUCCUUAAAUGAGCCGUGCAGUUUGAAGUGCUUUACUGUAUUAAAGGUAAUAAAGAUGGAAAUAAAAUCA